AUGGAUAGAGGAAGAUCAAAUGGAAGGAGAAACAACGAUGUGAUGAACGCACUGAGGGAAGGAAACAUAAAAAAUGAAAAUGUAGACGAACAUCAGUUCUGGACCAACAUCGACAAUCAGUACUUCUCCAAUUUUGACAAGAGAUUAAUUUCUGCCUUUGAGGACCACAUAAAAUGCACAGAUUACAUAUGCAACAAAAUUAAAAACAAAAAAAUUAAUAAAAAAAUUUUCGAAAAUAUUAAUUGUUAUACCAGUUCAGUAAAAAUAAAAUUAAAUCCAAGUGAAAGAAAUAAUGACACGUCCAACAUUACUGAUUACAUUUCUCAAAAUAAAAACUUGAUUUUUAAAAAUGAAGAAAAUGAAAAGGGGAACGAAAAUAACGGAGGAGUUAUCCCCUUUGUGGAUAUUGUAAAUGAUGUAAAAAAGGAGGAAAAUAUUUUCGGCUUUAAUCCAAAAAGUUAUCCAUACGGUAUUGAUAAAAAAAAUACCAAUCAUGAAAAUGCCUUAUCAUGUGAACAGAGAAAAAGCAUUAUCGAUUUUAUGCCGAUGGCGAGGAAUGAAUUUUUAUUGAAUACUCUGCAUCAUCAGAACUUGAGGAAUGCUCAUCCUGGUGGUUACCCCUUCCAUAUGGGCAGAAAUAUGAGCCAUAUUCAUCCGAAUAAUCAUAAGGAAAACAAUUUCUUCAUGAGGGAACUCCCCAUGCCCGGCCUUCCCAACCUGCUUGGAAAUGACCCCAUGUUUGACAUGGAGGACAAUUCCAAAAAUGGCAAUCCGAACAAUGUGGAUAAUCUGAGCUACAUCGCUUCCCCCCCUUCGGGCGGGACUCACCAUGUGAACGUAAGGAAUGCGAAUACCCCCUUUGUCAAUGUAGUCGAUAGUAGUGCUAAUCAUAGCGUGAAAAACAACAAUGGCAGUGGCCACAUGUCCAGUUACGCCCAACUUAAAAAUACCUCCAGGGAGGCAGGUGUCAUUCCAGAAUUUAACAAAAUGGGCAAAGGCCUAGGGGAAGUAAAUGCUGACUCGAUUCCAAACAACGCAGCCCCAGUUACAAAAGUCGUGUCGUCAAUUAACCAGCAGAAUGUUAGCAAACUAGCAGAGGGUGAGAAUAACGUUGCAAAAAGUAAUGCACACCAUAAUGAUACGAGCGCUUCCGUCAAUGCAGGAAUUGGCAGCGCAAAUGCCAAUCUUCCCCCGUUUAGUAAGAACAACUCGUUCCACAAAAUGAACGGUGUGGGAAUGAACGUAAACAUGCCCGUGCAAAACAACAACCUCUUACUGAUGAAUAGCCAAUUCGACGACAAGAUGAGUGAAGAAAUGAAUAUGUUCCCCUGUUCGCUUUCCGAUAUGACUAGUGGCAUGUUUAAUCCUGCGAACAAGGGGGAAGGACUCAAUGGCCCUGAAAAGGGCAACUACAGUGGGGGUAAUAAUGAAGAGAAAUGUGGCACAAAUAUAAACAGCAGUAAUAUGCGUAGCACCGAGAAAACGGGAACCAGAAAUAUUCCCAAUUUUCGAAACACGCAAAAUAGUAGAAGCAUAAUAAAUUUGGAGCAUCUCCACAUGAACAGUCAUAUGAAUAACAGAAUUGAUGAACAACCCCCGAUGUUCUUCGACAAGCAGGGAAACAACAAAUUCCCGACGCAGAAUUAUCCCGUGCCGAAUGGCCAACUCAAUUUAAACAACGGAAUUGGUUCUUACAAAAAUGACGUCCUCUAUGGUAAACAGUUUAUGGUUCCCCCUCCUCCUUCAAUGUAUGGUAAAGGGUUUUACCAUCAACCCGAUUUGAUGAAUUGCGAAAAUGGGAUGAUGCUCCAUAGGGGUGAAGGUAACAUGGGCUAUCCUUAUGACCAAUCGCUUAAUUAUAAAAAUGCUAAACUUUUCUCCAAAAAGGACAGUGAAACGAAACUAAAAAAAAAUAUCGAAAACGAUGAAUAUUCCAAGUCGCAGAUGGAAAAGUGGACAACUCCCUCCAAACCCAGUAGAACGAACAAGCAUGACUCCAACUUCUUUAACCCCUUCUUGAAUAAGAAAUACGAUGGAGUUGGCAAGCUGCCCUACAUUCAGAACAAACCUGUGCCCAACGGAUUGCACAUCUCGAUUUACAUUCCUAAGAAUUACGAAUUUAGCGAAAAGACCAACGCGGACGGUGAGAACCAAUCAGAUGCAGAAAAGAGCAACGGUUGGGAGAAGGCCUUUGUGAAGCGAAACAGCAGUGUGCAUGGAGAUGCGGGUAAGCAAGAACAGCUGCUUAAGGAGGAAGAGGAUCUCCACGAGAAAGAAGCGCUAGCAAAAUUGCUUACCGAAAUUACUUUUGGCGAUAGAAGGAAUGUACUGAACCCUAAAAUGUCCAUCCAAGAUAAGGAAAAAUGUUAUAACAGCAUUUUGGACGAAUUGAAGAAUUAUGCCUCCUUGCCAAUUAUCCUGGGCAAUAUUUUGCCCUACUGGGAAAGGCAAAAAAAUAAAAAUUUACUUUAUAAGGUAAAAAAUUUGAAGCUAACCAAUGCCAAGUCCAAAUACAUGCACAUCAAGAAUGUCAAUAAGAAGAUUGCACAGGCAAAUGAUCUGGACAAAAUGGAAGAUGAAAUUGUGAAUAAAAGUUUGGACAGUUUAGAGAAGGAGAAAUACAAGUUUGGUAACGACACCAACAGCUUAGAACUGACCGACGCCGAGACAAAGAAGGUGCACAACGGAAGUAAGGAUGAUGAAUCUGCAAAUAAUGUGUAUAGUAGCGAAGGAAAGGAGGAUUCCAGUAAAUCGGAACAGGUGCACAUAGACCAUUCGGGCAGCGACGUGAGGGACGAGGAUGAGGAAGAGAACGCAGAUGCCACAGCCCAAUGGGAGUCUCCUUCAGUACCAAAAAUUGGAGAAGUAGGAGAUGUAACGGGUGGGAAGAAACAGUCAUAUAUACAAAGUGAAGAAAUAGCAGUCGGGGAAACUUUCCUUUUAAGUGACACUAAUGAGGAUAAGAAUAGCCACGCUGUUAGUUGCCAAAUGGAGGAGUCGUUAAUGAUUUGCCCUCCUAGCAACAUGAGCGAGAGCAAGGAAUCUCAGGAGGCGUUCCCGAAUGAGGAAGGAGCCCAAAAGAAAAAGCACCAAAGUGCUUACCGUGAAAGUCAGGGAAAAUCUCCCUAUAGGAAAAAGUUACUAUUGAAGAAGCAAAACAAGUAUUGCAAUUUUCAGUUUCUAAGGAAGUUCAAAUUCUCCAUCCCGAAUAAAGCCACGGUACCAUUUAAUAGUUCCAUUUUUUCGCUGCAAAGAAAUCAAUACAAAUCCAGCAUUUACUUCGAGUUCAUAUUAACAAAUUUAAACUUAGACAAAUAUCGAAAGAACAUUUUGAAUGUGAACUACAAUAAUAGCAAUUCUGUCACGAAGAAGGCACGUGCUUAUUGCAUAAAUUUUAACAAAUUAAAAAAUCGGAAGAAAAAAUUAGUGAAGAGGAGUACCUCAGGGGUGAGUGAAUUGAAGUCGAAUUGUAAGAACGACCUGGACAUAACUCCACCGUGCAUUAACAGUGAUAACAACUCUCCACUUGGUGAGCUGCACAAUGGGGGUGCCUCGGAAUUAGCAGUGCGAACAAGCAGCAACGACGCAGGAAUUAUCCUACGGGGGGAGAGCAGUGGAAACGCAAUGGUCAACCACACCAAUGAGAAUGACGCGAAAAAUGCGAAAAACAUAAAAAGUAUUAAUAAGGAAAUAUGCGUGCUUUUUUCCCGGUACGUACACAACAUAAAGGAGCAGAGGAAAAUCCUGACCAAGCUGCUAGAUAGCAUAAAGAACGAAAAGAAGAAGCCAUACAAGUACUGGUACUCCAUCGAGGAUAAAAUGAUAAACUUCUACAUCAAUGAGUAUUUAAAAAAUAAGCUAAACACUAAACAUACAUACACCCUGUCAAAGCAGAUUGUAGAUUUGCUAAAGUUAAGAAUAUUAAUUAGCAACAGUUCACAGUUACCAAAUAGCUGGACAGAGAAGGCCCUGUGCAACAUUUGCAGUUUGGGAGAAGAUUGGGAAGAUAACCCGAUAGUUUUCUGUGACUGUUGUUACACACCCAUGCACUCAUUUUGCACUGGCUCCAGGAAUAUUAAAAAUUAUAACAUUGUUAGGAGAAGCUCACAGAAUUCGGAUAAGAACGAAUCAGAGGGGCCAACCGGUAAACAGUACGAUUCUGUUUGGGCUGCCAACAGUGCCAGUAAGAAAAGAGAACCCAAGAAGGUUAACCUUAACAUAAUGAAGUCGCUUUUCUCGGAUUGUUACAUCAAUUUUGAUUCCCCCGUUAGUAUUUUUACUGCCCCAAAGAGUGGCGACGUUGCGGCAGGUGAGGGUGAAAAAAGUGAGGUCAGCCAAAAUGCCGAAAUGAAAGCCCCAUCGUGCAAUGAUCAACACGGGAACGGAAUCAAAGGGGAGCCUUCAGGCCAGCUAUCUGGCGGACCAAUGAACGAGGGCAAUGACCCCAACGGAGAAGUCAAUAAAAAUUCAAACUCAACAUCCCCAUCGGAAGAAGCUGAAACUAAUGUGAAGAUCGAAAGAAUGGAUUCGAUGAAAAAUGGAGAGCAGGAUCAGGCACCCAUUUUGAACGAACCUCUAGGUAGUAGCGCCAAAAAUGAGUUGCAAAAUAAGCAGAGCAGCAUUCUCGAUAGGGGAGGGAUAAGCACCCCCACCCCAUCAUCCUACCUGCUGAACGGCACAAACAUUGCAGCCACAAGUGGAAAUGUCGAAAAUAAUGCCAACCAGGAGAGUGCAAAAAAUCCGGACGAUGAACAAUGGAUCUGCCCAUUAUGCUCCUACCUAAGGAAUCAAAUUCUGUUCAUCGAAGAUUCUACGGCUUUUAAAAUUAUCAGAAAUUUAAGUGGCCCAAGGAAAAAAAAAGAAAUUGAAUACCUAUCCAGAUCUUGCGAUGAAUUUGGUAAUUCCUCCUUAGAUAUAAAAAAGGAAUUGAAGGAGUACACCCCCCCGGAGGAAAUCACCAUAAAUAAGAACAUCCCCGUCAGUUUGAUUUAUAAGCAUAAGUCAAUUUUGCUGCUGUUCGAUAUUGACAAGGAUAUUACCCAUUACAAGGAGAAGUACCACGUCGACAUUAAAGACUCGCAUGACUUUUUCGAGAAAGUCGUUUUGAAGAACACCCAUUUGUAUAAGUACAAAAUAUUCUUCAAUUGCAUUAUUGUGAAUAAGGCCGUUCUUCAGGAGGGAGGUAGGGAAGAAGUUAACCCAAGUAGUAUUGGUACUAGUAACGGGGGCCACCUGAUUGGCUAUAACCGAGCCAUGCACACCCCCCAGAUGAACGCACUAAACCCCGAACAUCUUAAAAUGUUCCGACAGGAACCGUUCCUAGUAAACGAAAACUUGGAAGAAAGUGACGCAGAUGAUUCGAAGGAAAAUGAAAAAGACAAGGAAAAAGAGGAAAAGGGAGAUAAGAGAAGGAGGGAUAGAAAUUCCCAUAGUAAAUUAUCCAAGCGGGAAUUAAGAAGGAGAAAUAGAUUGAGAGCCAAAAGGGGGAAUGCCAACAAAAAUAAUAUCAACACGAAUGAUGGUAGUACACCUGUGGUUGUAAGAAAAAGAGGGAGACCCCUGGGCAGCACAAAAUUGAACAAAAUGAAAAUGCUUAGUAUGAAUAAGAACAACACUAAAAAGGAAGACAAUAAAUUGGAAGCCACGCAUAGCAGUUUGACUCCUAAUAAAGAUCUCUUGAACAGCCCCACCUGUAACCAGAAUGUGAACCCAAUCAAUCCAAGUAGCCAUGUUAAGACCGAAACGGGCGGUGACGCAAAUCAGUGUGCUCAUCAGAAUAGCACCGAAAGAAUGAACCAGUCAGCCGUACCCCCCCCAGAGGAUACCAAGCACGACUUGGAUAUAAAAAUGAGUCUUAAAGAAAAAACACUUAUUGCGCAAAGAUAUUUUAGCGAAACGAAUUCCGAUUUGUCUCACUUUAUCGAGCGCAAUUUCCCCUUUUAUGAAAACAACGCGGAUGAGAAUAGCUUGUCUCUGAAGUAUAACUACAGUAGGAACUUCUCCUUCAUUUUUAAAAUCCCCACCUGCUGCAUUUGCGAAUUUGAUUCCUUCUACCUGGGGGGCGGUCCAAUCAAGAGGACCAAAAAUAAAAACCAGUGGUGUCACAUCCGUUGCGCUUUAAUAAGCAACUGCGUAAUUAACGAUAAGAUUGAAAUUAGCAAUAGGGAUAAAACCAAGUAUAAAUGCUCCCUCUGCUUGAGGACAAGCAAUACCGGAAUAAUUAAGUGUAACAUUGCAGACUGUUUUAAGUACUACCACAUAUCGUGUGCCACAUCGUCCAAUAAGUAUCUCAUCGAAUUGAACGAAUCGAACAAGCUAGUUCUCUUCUGCUCCAACCAUUCACAGAGAAAAGCGCCAACAGAAAUUUUAAGGAAAUAUCAAAUUCUUCGCGAAAAAGAAUUUAAUAAAAAUAAAUUGGAAGAUAAAGUAAAUAUGUCCAAAGUAUUUGACGCAUAUAUUUUGCAAUCCUACCUCAAAAUUAGUGACAUGAAAUUGUUUAAUUUGCUAUCCUUAUCUUCUCUCUCCAUUUUUGAAAAAUUCGUUUACUUCAACUAUGAUAAGUAUAGCCAAGAUUUGCAAACAAAUAAUGUUGGCAUUAUGGACGAUUUUAACGAUUUGUACCAGGCGUUCGAUCAGCACUUAUCCAAGGAGCGCAACGAUGUGUUGAAUGCCAUAUCAGACUCAAGCAGGUUAAAAAGGAGAAUCACCAGCAGCCCCGAGGUGGAUAAUGAACAGACGAAUACGUCACCCGUAGCUGCUACCGCGGCAAUCGCAACUUCCACCACUGCUGUCACGCCCGAUGCGGAUGACGAACAGGGAAAGAUGUUCCUCCAGCUGGAGGAGAAGAACCGAACGAAGAGCACCUCCAUCGACAUAUUCGACCUAGAAACGAUAAACAAAAUUAGCACCACCAAGUGCAACAACAUUAUAAGCAUAAGCAGCUUCAAAAAUAUCUACAACGAAAACAUGCUGGAUGAGGAUUCGCUGCUGAAAUUGCUUACACACGACUUUUUGUACAUGCAGAAGGAUUUACAAGAAUUGAACAGCGUAAUACUCAGCGAUAAGUAUAAAAAGUUAAAAAACUUUGAAAAUAUUUUAUUGCUGUAUCCGCAUUUUAAUGAUUUCCAGUUGAGGAGGCUGUCGGAACUUAUCCUAGAAAAGUAUCACAUUAACAGUGUAAAUUACGAAGAUGACGAUUCCUUUUUUUCCUUUUUCCUUCAAUUUUUGUCCUUGUUGAAUAAUAAAAAUUUAAUGUUGUGUAGUGUGUGCUUAUCCAAGUCGAAUUACUCACAGAAAGGGAGGGAUGAAAAGAAGUCCGGAAGUAAAGGCGACGCGUACGCACUCGAAGGAGGAAAUAGUAACAUUACUGGAAAUGGCGACCCUCUUAGCGGAAACAACAGUCACGAUAAUAGCAACUACACUACCUGCGGGUCCAACCUGAGGGAACAUCUGGAGAAUAAAAAGGAGCGCAGAUUGGGAUCACUCAGUGUGUUGAAAAAAUGCUCCCUGUGCAAUGUGUUCAUUUGCCACUUCUGUUGCCACAGAAUGAACAUCGACAUUAUUAAGAAUUACCUUAACGAGGGGGUGAAAUGUAAGCCGCCCAGCCAAUCAGUUGUAAGAGUGAGAGAACGCGUUAGGAACGCCACGCGUUCCCACAAAGUCGGUAGACCAAGCAAAAACAGGCACAAAGGGCACACUGAUGACACGACAAAUUAUGACAACGUCGCAGCAACGGAGGUGAAUGGUGAAAAUAAGCAAGGAGAAUCGUCUACUUUCGUUGACCCAUCCGAGGGGGCCCAAUCUGGGGAGAAACAAAAUGGAAGUAGAAAUGGUUCCACCGAUGUAGGUGUUGACAUGGAGGCAGUUGGUACAGACGCGGUUGCUGCUCCCGUGGAUGGCGAUGUGGUGAGUGCGAACGGGGAGGAGGCUGCAAAAAAUGGGGAUGAACAGCUUGAGAAGAGAAAAUCAACUGAUAGCAAACUUGCGGAACAACGCUUAUCGUCAAAGAUUGAGCAGAUAAAAGAACACACGCAUGAGGUAGCCAAAAGGAACGACAACGAUGAUGAAUUUGUAUGCCCGAGGUGCCAAUAUUUCCAAGUAAAAAGAAAAAUAGGCUUCUGCAUGUACUGCCCCAGGUUGGAUGGAUUCCUAAACUGCUUUGAAGAUAAGGCGAAGAAGGAACUACUAUUUGUGCACCCCAAAUGCUUAGAAUACGUUAAUACAGCGUACUGCAAAAAGAACAUGAACGAAACGAAACCGGGGGCAAUUAAAAAGGUUUGCAGUUACUGCAGAAUUAAGCAUGGAAUAGUUAUCACGUGCAGCAGCACAGAAUGCGAUAUGUCCUUUCAUAUAUCCUGUGGAAUUUUAUUAGGGUGCAAAAUGGACAAUUUUUUUGGCCGUGUUGAUAUUUACAAUCCGAAGAAGGCCUAUUGUUUUAAGCACACUUUCCAGUCAUGUAAAAGAAGCACAGUAGCAAAUUUUAUUAACACAAAUAAGCUGUUCUUUUUUGAGAAUUUCCUGGACUAUCCUUUUAACCAUUUGUACAAUUUUAUAAUGGGCACCUACAUUUUUAAGCAACUAAAUAAGAACUGCGCUACCCAUUUGAUGAAGCCAAUCAAGAUAGAGGAAAAUCCGUGCAUCAAUACCAUUUUCGAAAGGACGCAACUGAACGUUCUGAGGAAAGCUACGCAUCUGCUCUCAAAUGAUAUUAAAAGAAGCCACAAGAAGAAAACGGGUCUAGCUUACGACCUCGAUGAGGGGCACAUUGCGGCAGGUAUAUUCCACAAUGAGGACAACACAGGAGGUAAUCAUGAAAACAACGGUGAAAACUUUUUUCACAAAGAUUUGAAGUUCCUAAUUGAACACCACUCUAAGAACUCAUCCCAUGCACAGAAGAACAUGCAAGGGGAGGAUGCACGAUAUGGGGCUAACCACUUUUCUGACCUCAUCAUGGGAAGGAAGGGAGCAACAAAUAGUAGUAACUUACCACAAGAUAAACGUAAAGCACUGCAGUUACAAGCAGAUGGUGGAAAGAAUCCUUUUUCUAACUUGAGUAACAGUGGAAGAUUCAAAAACGACCCCUCAUUUGCUGACGACAAUGUAACAGAAAGCGCAGUCUCCGUGUUAUCCGAAAAUGAAACAGAAGAACUUCGGUCCUUUCAAAAUGUUUCCUUUUUUAACUCCAAGGCAUAUUCCCAGAUUAGCAACAUAGUGAGCAAUAGCUUCAUUCAUCAGGGGAGAAAGUUCCCUCAGAACGAAAACGUCAUGCAAUAUUACAAUGGUACUAACGUCAACCCCAAUGGUACCUAUCCCUUUUUGGAUGCCAAAUGUGAGGACAUGCAAAAUGGUGGACACUUGGCCAACUCACACAUAUUUGCGGCAAAAAGGGAUAAGUAUAACCAAUUAGAAAAAAAGAGAAAGAAAUAUCUGCUGCAGCCAAAUGAAAAAAUGGCAAAGAAGAAUCUUCUGAAUGAUGCCAAUCCCUAUAGUGUUAGCCUCGAUAUGAAUAACCAAACGAAUGGAAGAAAAAGAAGGAGGUAUCGAAAAAAUAAAAACGAAAACAAUGACGACAAUUUUAGCAGCAACAUGUUAAAUGGGCCUAGUGGGUUAAUAAACCCAACACAGAUAAGCAGCACCCGUACACAUAACGCCAGUGCUGCUUCCCAGUUUGAUAUAAAUAUGAACUCCACGGCAUACCAUCUGAACGAGCUUAUUGUAAACAAGGACAAGCAUUCCGUAGAAAAGGCAAAAGGUACCAAAAAGGAACUCGUCAAAAUGAACCAAAAUGGAAUGAAGGAAGAAAAGUCACACAUAAAAAAUGAUGAACACAUAAAGGAGGAACAAAUUUAUUGCCCUGUAUGCAAAAGCUUCUAUGAAGAACUGAGUGACGGUUCCCCAGCCGAUGGACUAAACUGGAUUGGAUGUGACAAAUGUGAAAAAUGGUAUCACUGGAUCUGCUGCAAGUAUUCCAUUGACAAUCCCCCCGAUAUGGAAAAUGACUGGUACUGCAGUUCCUGCCUGAACAGCUGA